AGGCGCACACUUCACCCGCUGUGGACCGACGUGCCCACACAGACACGCGCCGUUAGGUGCGCACCUGGAUAAUCAAGUGUUUUUUACGCGCGGGUUUGGGAGCAUUUUGGACACACCUGCGGCAGUCACCUGUUCGGCUGCAGAGCGGCUCUCCGGGAGCAGGAGGCGGCGGGUGGAAGGAUGUGGCACGUUUUCAGAUGAAAGAGAAGAUGUUCAGAAGAAGACUUUCACAAAAUGGGUGAACUCACAGUUGGCUAAGACAGGAAAACCACCCGUGGACGAUCUGUUCUCAGACCUGUGUGAUGGACGACGUCUGCUGGAGCUGCUGGAGGGGCUGAUAGGACAUGAACUGGUGAGGUUGGAGAGAGGAGUUACCCGUGUCCACUCCCUCAACAAUGUUAACCGUGCUCUGCAGAUCUUGCAGAAGAACAAUGUUGAGUUGGUGAAUAUUGGAGCAGCAGAUAUUGUUGAUGGCAAUCAUAAGCUCAUUCUCGGCCUCAUCUGGAGCAUCAUUCUCCACUGGCAGGUAAAGGAUGUGAUGAAGGAUGUGAUGGCAGGCCUACAGCAGACAAACAGUGAGAAGAUUCUGCUGAGUUGGGUUCGUCAGAACACGCGCCAUUAUCCUCAGGUCAAUGUGGUUAACUUCUCCAGCAGCUGGAAUGAUGGAUUGGCCUUCAAUGCCCUCAUCCACAGCCACAGACCGGAGCUUUUCGAUUGGAGCUCAGUGGAGAAGAAGACGUCGGCGAUCGACAGACUGGAACACGCCUUUAAUAAGGCGGAACAACACCUGGGGAUAGAAAGACUACUGGACCCUGAGGAUGUUGCGGUGCCUCACCCCGACAAGAAGAGUGUCAUCAUGUAUGUGACGUCACUCUUCAAGGUGCUUCCUCAAAGUGUUUCUAUAGAAGCCAUCAAGGAAGUGGAGACGUUGCCACGGGCAACGUCAGCCAGCAUCACAAGGGUGACGACAGAGGAGCACUACCAGAUCCAAACCCAGCAGCGCUUUUCCCAGCAGAUCACAGUGAAUGUGGCUCAGGGGCGAGUGCGGAGUCCUUCCCCUCAGCCUCGCUAUAAAAGCUAUGCCUACACCCAGGCUGCAUAUGUCAAGUCGCCCGAGCAAAAGAGGAGGCGUUUUACUGAUCAGUUCCUGACUCCCAGCCAGGAGGAGCUACAGCGAGGCCUGAGUCCUCUCCUACCCGGUUCCACCAGCCUGGAGAGCUACCAGGCAGCACUGGAGGAGGUUUUGACAUGGCUGCUGUCAGCUGAAGACGGACUCCAGGCUCAGCCUUCCAUCUCCAACCACGUGGAAGAAGUUAAGGAACAGUUUCACACACAUGAGGGUUACAUGGUGGAGCUCACUUCCCACCAGGGCAGUGUGGGCCGUGUCCUGCGGGCUGGCGCCGCCCUGCUGUCAGAGGGAAACCUGAGUGAGGAGGAGGACACGGAGGUUAGGGAACAGAUGAAUCUCCUGAACUCCCGGUGGGAGCACCUGAGAGUGGCCAGCAUGGAGAGACAGAGCAGACUUCACGAGGUCCUGAUGGAGCUUCAGCACCAGCAGUUGCAGCAGCUCACAGACUGGUUGGAUGUGACAGAGGCAAGAAUUAAGAGGAUGGGGUCUCAUCCACUGGGUCCUGACCUGGAGGACGUCAAGCACCAAGUGGAGGAGCACAAGCUGCUGCAGGAGGAUCUGGAGCUGGAGCAAGUGAAGGUGAAUUCGCUGACCCACAUGGUGGUGGUGGUGGAUGAGAGCAGCGGAGACAGUGCCACAGCUGCCUUGGAGAGCAAGCUUCAGGUGCUCGGUGACCGCUGGGCAGCUAUUUGUCGAUGGACUGAAGAACGCUGGAUUCUGCUUCAGGAGAUUUUAUUGAAAUGGCAGCACUUCACUAAUGAACAGUGUUUAUUUGACUCCUGGUUGACCCAGAAGGAGGACCUGGUUCGCUCUAUCAAGACAUCCAUUCUAAAGGAUCAGGUGGAGAUGUUGGCCUCCCUUCGCCAUCUUGCUACGGUUAAGGCAGAAAUGGAGAUGAAGUGUCCCACCAUGGACAAACUGUGCUCCAUGAGUAAUGACCUGCUGUCUACUGUCAAGAACAAAGAGGUGUCAAGCAAACUGGAGGCUAGGCUGGAGAAUUUCGCCCAGCGCUGGGACCGACUGAUCCAGAGUUUAGAAAUGAGCAGCUCACAGCUCUCAUCGGCCAUCACUGCAGCCCAGCAGUCUGAGCUGACCCAUCCUGUCAUGACGAGCGUUACCAAGGAGACAACAAGGGAGAAAGUGACAGCUAUGCACCAGACCCGAGAGUCGCCACCUCCACAAAAGAAGAGACAAGUUGUUGUGGAUUCUGAACUCAGGAAAAGGUUUGAUGUGGACUUCACAGAGGUCCACAGCUACAUGACGCGAGGCGAGGCAAUUCUUCAGAGCCCCGAUUUCUCUGUGACACGCAAAGACGGCAGCAUUCAGGAGCUGCAUGACAAAGUGCUGGCUAUAGACAGAGAGAAGCCAGAGAAGUACCGAAAGCUUCAGGAGGCAACUCGUACGGCGCAGACCCUCAUCGAGCAGGAGGGGACUCGUGCUGAUGACAUUGGUCAGGCAGCGGAGCAGCUGAACCAACGCUGGGUGGGAUUCUGUGUACUGCUGGCAGACAGGCUGGCAUUGCUAGCUUACCAGACAAAGGUGUUGGCCUUCUACAGCCUGUAUGAACAGUGUGAGCAGGCUGUGGACAACAGUGAAAACUGGCUCAAACUCCAACAGCCACCCGCCUCUGAACCAGAACCACUCAAAGUACAACUGGACCGAUGUCGUGAAGAAGUGUCCCGUCUGGCUGCGCUGCAGCCCCAAGUGGACCUCCUGGAGAAACGCUUGAAGGAGCUGAAGCAAGAGAAGCUAAGGGAGGAUGACCCUUCUGCAUUCCUGGACACUGACAUAAAUGCCUUUAAAGAGCACUACCAAAAGGUCCUGGAAGAUCUGAGGGCAAGAGAACGGCAGCUACAGUUAGUUUUGGAGAGCUUACCCCCUGCUCGUUAUAAGGAAACCAUAUUGACAUUGAUGGCAUGGAUACAACAGUGUGAGGCCAAACUGGCCAUCCCAUCCACGGCUGUAACAGAGUAUCCCAUUAUGGAGCAGAGACUAAAGGAAAUUCAGGCCCUCCGGUCUUCUCUGGCUGAUCACCAGGGAGAGGUGGACUACUUGACCUCAGCUGUGGAGCAGGUCUUUCAGAAGGCUCCACCAGACAUCAGUCAAAAGUAUCGUACAGAGAUGGAUGUUGUCAUGUCACGUUGGAGACGACUUGGGGUGACACUGACGGACAACAUCCAGAAAAUCCAGGAGCUGAUGGGAAAACUGCUACAGUUUGAGAAUGAUGUCAAGACAUUAAAGAAAUGGAUGGCAGAUGUAGAUGUUUUCCUAAAUGAGGAGUGGCCGGCGCUGGGGGAUUCAGAAGCACUGGAGAAGCAGUUGGAGCAGUGCACGGCCCUGGUAAAUGAUAUCCAUACCAUUCAACCCAGUGUGAACGGCAUCAACGAAGUGGGGUUGUACCUUAAGAAAGAGGCAGAGCCACCAUUUGCCAUCUACAUCCAAAAAGAACUAGAUGAACUCAAUGCCCAGUGGGAGAACAUCUGCAAGCAGGCCUACACAAAGAAGUCAGCGCUGAAAGGCGGCCUGGAUAAGACCAUGGCUCUGAGGAAGGAGAUGCAGGAAAUGCAGGAGUGGAUCAACCAGGCUGAGGAGGACUAUCUGGAAAGAGACUUCACCUACAAGACACCCGAGGAGCUACGCAAGGCUGUGGAGGAGCUCAAGAGAGCCCAGGAAGAAGUCCACUUGAAGGAGCUAAAGGUUAAACUCCUCACUGACAGUGUGAACAGUUUCAUUGCCAAGGCACCACCGAUGGCCCAUGAUGCCUUGCGCUCUGAGCUGGAUGUGCUGACUGCCAACUAUCAGCGCCUCUGUAGUCGCUUGGAUGGGAAAUGCAAAACCCUGGAGGAGGUGUGGGCGUGUUGGUGUGAGUUGCUAUCCUACCUGGAGCAGGAAAAUCUCUUCCUGGACCAACUGGAGCAGAAAUUAGAUGAAAUAGAAAACCUCCAAGGAGGAGCUGAGGACCUGCAGGAGGCACUGGAUAGCCUAGAGGUUCUUCUAUGCCACCCAGAGGACAACAGGACCCAGAUUCGAGAGUUGGCCCAGACCCUGAUGGAUGGGGGCGUUCUGGAUGAACUGAUACAGCAAAAACUGGAUGCAUUCAACAUGAGAUGGGACGAACUUAUGGCAAGGGGGUUGCGUAGGCAGAAGGAGCUGGAGAAGGGUGUACAGUGGGCUCAGGAAAAUGACAAGACUUUGAGGCAAAUGCAGGAGGCCCUGGCCAACACAGAUCGACACCUCACUUCCUACCUGGCAGAUCACAUUGAUGCUCAACAGAUACCACAGGAGGCACAGAAAAUCCAGGCAGAGCUUAGUGACCAUGAUGUGACCCUGGAGGAGAUGAGGAAGAAGAACCAGGAGAAAGAACCUACUCAGAGGAUCAUGGGCCAAAUAGACCUCACCCAGAAAAAGCUAACAGACGUGUGGACAAAGUUCAGGCUUUUCCAGAAACCAGCCAACUUUGAUGCACGGCUGGCUGAGUGCGAGCGUGUGCUGGCUGGAGUCAAAAGUCAGGUGGGGGUGGUGGACAUCCGUAGCGUGGAGCAGGACGUGGUGCAGUCACAACUGGAGCAGUGCAUGAAAUUGUACAAGAUGCUGAGUGAAGUUAAAGGGGAGGUGGAAACUGUAAUAAAAACGGGCAGACAGAUUGUGCAGAGGCAGCAGACGGAGAAUCCAAAAGAGCUGGAUGAACGAGUUACCGCCCUUAAACUGCUCUACAACCAGCUGGGAUCACAGGUAACGGAGAGUAAGCUUGAGCUGGAGAAGAGUCUGAAGCUGUCCCGGAAGCUUCGUAAGGAGCUGAACGGGCUGACGGAGUGGCUCGCCACCACUGACGCUGAGCUGACCAGGCGAUCUGCUGUGGAUGGCAUGCCCAGUGACCUGGAAGCUGAGGUUGCAUGGGCACAGUCCAUCCACGGGGAGACGGAGAAGCGUGAACCCCAGCUGCAGGCUGUGGUGGAUCUUGCCGAGGCCCUGAAGGCCGUACUGCGGGGCCACGGGGGCCUGGUGGACGACAAAGUCAGUCUGCUUCGCUGCAACUGGAUCGCUGUCACAUCGAGAGCAGAAGAAUGGCUCAAUCUGCUGCUGGACUACCAGCGACAGAUGCAGAAAUUGGAUAGAGAGAUUGAGGAAGUGAAUGGAUGGAUCGAUGAAGGAGAGAAAAAAAUGGAUGAGAUUGACCAUCAGGGGCCUAAUAAUGCUGUGCUAAAGGUGUUGCGUGGUGAGCUGGAGCUAACAAGGGGUAAGAUGGGUGACUUGAGGGCACUGGCCCAGGAACUCAUGUCCACCAGGGGGGAGAAUUGCCAGGCCCAAGUGGGACCCAAAGUGGAACAGCUCAACCAACGAUUUGAUGUCAUCACACAACGCAUCACUUCUGGACCGACGGCAGCAUCAGCCAAAGAGCUGGAGCAGUACCACAGCCAAGCCCAGAUCUGGUUGGAUCUCCUGGAGGAGGAAGUCAAGCAAGGAGAAAAGCUGAAGGAGGAGGACUUCCAAGAGAACAAGGAUUGUGAGGAGAGUCCCGUGAAGGAGUUACUACUGAAAGGAGAGAAUUUGCAGAAGAGAGUCCCGGAUCAAGACAAAAGGGAGCAAAUCAAACUGAAACACAACCAGCUCAACAGCAAAUACAACAUGGUCAAGGACCUGCGUGUUCUCAGGAACAGGAAGGGCUUGGCCAUCGCCCCCCAGUGGUACCAGUACAGGCGGAAGUCACAUGACCUGCUGGCCUGGCUCGAUGACAUCCAACGCAGUGUCGACCAACUACCUGACCCCCCAGAGGGAGAGAGGGUCAAGGAAAUUGGCUCAGAAUUCGACAAGAAGAAGGAGGAACUUAAGGAGAUGCAGGGCUUAGCCAAUCAGCUCUCAGAAGCUGGAGCCGCCAAUCUAGUGGAGCCCCGCCAACUCCAGCUCAACACGCGCUGGGUUGAGGUGGAGGGCAAGUUCAUACCCUUCAAAAGACAAUGUGAAUACCUCACAGAGCUGCAGGCGCUGCUGCGCUCAGUGUCAGAGACGGACUUCAAGCUGAACUCUCCUGAAUACUGGCCUGCUGCUUAUUAUAACCUGCCUCAGCAAGAGCGCUGCCUUAAGAAAGUGAUGGGGAGCAUCAACAAGCUGCGAGACCCAGUGGAGGGAGCGUUAGCCAGGAGAGGAGAGAUAGUGGCUGGGGCCCGGCACCUGGAGAGUCACAGAAUCCAAGAAAAUGCCUCACUGCUCAGUACCAACUGGGACAAACUGAACAAACUCUACCAGGACAGAAUGAAGCGCUGGCAAGGUUGCAACUCUAAGUGGCAGAAGUUUGUUUCGGAUCAGAAGGUGCUGGAGGAUUGGCUGGAUGCUGCCGAGCACACACUGAAACUGGCAGAGACCAACCCAGCAGCACAACGACAACACCUCAGGAACUUGACCGAGGCCAUACCUUUCCAGGAAGUGGUUUUGGGCAGAGUGAACGCUACAGGAGAGGACAUCAGCCAUUUGAGCACACCAGAAGAUGCCUCGAAGCUCCGGACGCAGCUCAAAUUACUCAGCACUCGCUGGGCUAACACCUGCCAGCAACUUAAUGAGCACAAGAGGAGAUCUGCAGAAGCAUGGACAGCGGCUGCACAAUUGCAAGAUGACAUAGGUUCAAUGCGAUGCUGGUUGGACAAGGCGGAGGGCGUUCUGGCCAUUCCUCUGCAGCCUGCAGAACCACAGCACAUUAAAGACACUCUGGGCAAAGUCCAGGUAUGUGUGGAUGAGCUUCCUGGUAAGAAGGUUGCUGUUGAAGAUCUGAAUUCAAGACACAAACACGCAGGGCUUCCUGCUGAUAAACAGAAAGACAUCAGAAUCAUCAAUGCCCGCUGGGCACAGGUGUCCAAGGCUUUGCCUGAGCGUCACUUGGAGAUUGAAGGUUUUUUGAAAGAACUGGAGAAACUUCAAGGUCAGUUGGUUGAUCUGGCAGCUUGGGCUUCCACCACUAGAUCCAGGCUUGAGCAUAGCCCCGAGGAGGUCCCACCCAGGCUCACCGAGGAAGUACAAGUGAAAAAACCAGAAGUGGAAUAUCUUUUGGAACGAUGUGAUCAGCGUUACAAGGAUGUUCCUCCCAGCCAGCCGGACAAGGUGAAGUAUGCCAAGUUAAAAGAAAACUGGACUGUGAUCCUGCAACUGCUGCAGCAGCACAAAGAGAGGACGGCUGCUCCGUUAGUCGCCAAGAAAGCUCACGAAGGUCUGACAGGAAGCUCCCAGCCUGAAUCUGCAGCCCUGGCCCAGUUCAACAAGUCCUGGGCUGAGCUCACUGAUUGGCUGACCAUGCUGGAUAACAUGGUGCAGAACAAGCGCGUGGUGGUGGCUGACCUGGAUGACAUCAGUGACAAUAUUGGUAAACUGAAGUUAUCGCUGCAAGAGCUGGACCAGCGGCGACCCCUCUUGGAGAGACAGGUCACAGCAGCCCAGAACCUGAAGAACAAAACCAGCAACCAGGAGACCCGCAACGCAAUCACAGAACGCAUGGAUCGGCUUCAGUUGCACUGGGAGGACUCUCAGACCAGACUCUCUGACAGGACAAAGCAGCUUCACAACAUGCUACAAGACUCCACCAACUGGCUGGACUGCAAGAAGCGAGUGGAUCAUCUCAUCAAACGGGCCAGUGAGCGGCUGGAGUCCUGGCAUGAGGUUACAUACACAGUGGAUGCGCUGAAGAAACAAAACGCGGAACUAAAGCACUUUGCGAAGGAGCUGCGGCAGUGGCAGGGUCAGGUGGACGAAACCAACACACUGGCUGACAAGCUGCUGACGCUGUACGCCAGUGAUGACACGCACAAGGUCAUACAGGUCAACGAUAAUAUGGUGGCCACCUGGACGCACAUCAGCAAGCGAGUUUCGGAUAGAGAGGCAGCACUGGAAAUGGCUCUAAAACAGCUGCAGCAGUUUCACUUCGAUCUGGACAAAUUCCUCAACUGGCUGACAGAGGCUGAGACAACCUGUAAUGUUUUAAUAGAUGCAACCAACAACGAAAGAGUGCAGGAGCAGCCAGACACAGCCAAAAACCUGUUGGCACAGUGGAAGGACCUGCAGUCAGAGAUUGACAGCCACACAGAGCUGUACCACUCUCUGGAUGAGAAUGGCCAGAGGAUACUGACCACGCUGGGCGAUGCUGAGGACGCCCACUUGCUCCGCAGGCGUCUGGAUGACAUGAGUCAGCGCUGGAACGACCUGAACAGCAAAACCAUCAGCAUGAGGGCCCACUUGGACUCGGAGAUGGCCCCUUGGAAAAGGCUUCACAUGUCUCUCCAGGAGCUUCUCAACUGGCUGAGACUUAAAAGUCAGCAGCUGGAGCAGGAGCCGCCUGUAGGGGGUGACGUCCCAGCUGUGCAGAUGCAGCUGGACACACACCAGGGCUUCAGGAGGGAUUUGAGAGCUAAAGAACCAGUUGUGAUGAAGGCACUGGACGAUGUCAGAGUGUUUCUGUCCGAACUGCCCAGAGAGACUCCAUCACCUGACCACAGAGAUAUCAGUCCGGAGGAGCGAGCCCAGAAUGUCGCCCGAGUCCUGCGUAAGGAAGCAGACAACGUGAUUGGCAGGUGGGAUCGGCUCAAUGCUGACUCAACUGACUGGCAGAGGAGGCUGGCGCUGGCGCUAGAUCGACUGAUGGAACUCCAAGAGGUGGAGGACCUGCUGGAUGGACAACUGAGGCAGGCGGAGAUGGUUAAGGAGGCGUGGGAACCCGUGGGAGACCCACUAGUCAGCUCACUCCCUGAGCACAUUGACAGAGUCAAGGAGUUCCAGGAAGAGAUUGCUCCAAUUAAACAAGACGUAAGUCACAUGAACCAGUUGGCAGCAACUUUCGGUCCACCCGACAUCCAGCUUUCACCGAGCAACCUGGAACACAUUGAUGAUCUCAACACACGCUGGAGACUUCUGCAGAUCUCCAUCAGGGACCAUCUGAAGCAGCUGACGGACGCUCACAGGGACUUUGGGCUUCUUCACGCAUCUGUAGAGAGCCCCUUCGAGCAGGGUAUCUCCCCAAACAACGUGCCCUACUACAUAAAAGAGGAAGCUGGACCUGACCAGAUGACCGAGGCCCUCCACCAGACCCAGACAACAUGCUGGGACCAUCCCAAGAUGGCUGAGCUCUACCAGUCUCUGGCUGAUCUGAACAAUGUUCGGUUCUCAGCCUACCGUACAGCCAUGAAGCUCAGACGUCUUCAGAAGGCUCUCUGUUUGGACCUGCUGAGCAUGCCGAUGGCGUGCGAAAUGUUCGACCAGCACGGUCUGAAGCAAAACGAGCAGCUGCUGGACAUUUCACAGCUGGUCAGCUGUCUGAACAGCCUGUACCAGCGGUUGGAACAGACUCACUCCCACAUGGUCAACGUCCCACUCUGCGUCGACAUGUGCCUCAACUGGCUGCUCAAUGUCUACGACACUGGUCGCACUGGAAAGAUCCGCACUCUCUCUUUCAAAACUGGAAUCAUCUCACUCUGCAAGGCUCACCUAGAGGACAAAUACAGAUUCUUGUUCAGGCAGGUUGCCAGCGCGACAGGUUUCUGUGACCAGCGUCGUCUGGGUCUCCUCCUACAUGACUCCAUCCAAAUCCCCCGCCAGCUCGGGGAGGUCGCCUCCUUCGGCGGCUCCAACAUCGAGCCUUCUGUCCGCAGCUGCUUCCAGUUUGCCAACAAUAAACCUGAGCUGGAGGCAGCUAUGUUCCUGGACUGGAUGCGACUGGAGCCCCAGUCCAUGGUGUGGUUACCGGUCCUACACCGUGUGGCAGCUGCUGAGACUGCCAAGCACCAGGCCAAGUGCAACAUCUGUAAAGAGUGUCCCAUCAUUGGAUUCAGAUAUCGGAGUCUGAAACAUUUCAACUAUGAUAUUUGCCAAAGCUGCUUCUUCUCCGGUCGUGUCGCCAAGGGCCAUAAGAUGCAGUACCCCAUGGUCGAGUACUGCACUCCGACCACAUCAGGGGAGGAUGUAAGAGACUUUGCCAAGGUGUUGAAGAAUAAGUUCAGGACCAAGCGCUACUUUGCCAAACACCCACGUAUGGGCUACCUGCCUGUCCAGACCAUCCUGGAGGGAGACAACAUGGAAACUCCUGUCACUCUGAUCAACUUCUGGCCCGUAGACCAUGCGCCCGGAUCGUCUCCUCAGCUUUCGCACGACGACACGCACACUCGGAUUGAACAUUACGCCAACCGGUUAGCAGAAAUGGAGACUCGUAAUGGCUCUUAUCUGAAUGACAGUAUCUCACCCAAUGAGAGCAUCGAUGAUGAGCACAUGUUGAUCCAGCACUACUGCCAGUCUCUGAACCAAGGCUCUCCCCUCAGUCAGCCCCGCAGCCCCGCCCAGAUCCUCAUCUCCAUGGAAACGGACGAGAAGGGAGAGCUAGAGAGGGUCCUCAAUGACCUGGAGCAGGAGAACAGGAAGCUGCAAGCUGAGUAUGACCGUCUGAAGAAGGCCCACGACCAUAAGGGUCUGUCCCCACUGCCGUCACCCCCGGAGAUGCCUCCAGUGUCGCCGCAGAGCACACGCGAUGCCGAGCUCAUCGCCGAGGCCAAACUGCUGCGGCAACACAAAGGACGCCUGGAAGCCCGAAUGCAGAUCCUGGAGGAUCACAACAAACAGCUGGAGUCUCAGCUGCACCGGCUGAGGCAGCUACUGGAGCAGACGGAUUCUAAGGUGAACGGCACAGCUCUGUCCUCUCCCUCCACCUCCUCUCAGCACUCUGACUCCUCCCUGCCUCUGCUCCGCGUGGCUGCCAGCCAGACAACUGAUACAAUGGGUGAUGACGAGUUGUCCAACCCUUCCCAAGAUGCAUCUGGGCUGGAAGAAGUGAUGGAACAGCUCAACAACUCUUUCCCCCAUAGUCAUGGUCCCAGUAUUGGCAGCUUGUUCCACAUGGCCGACGAUCUGGGCCGAGCCAUGGAGUCACUGGUUAGCGUGAUGACAGACGAGCGGAGCGCCGAACAGCACGAGGCCCUGCUCUUCUGACCCCCCCCCCCCCCCCCAAAUACCCUAAGUCCCACCUCUUAUCCUAUCUUCCCUCCCUAUCGCAUGCUUUUGUAGUCAAAACAACUGGAUUGGAAACACAGUUUACAAAGAGAAUAUAUAACGUCUAUUUUUGUGAAGGAUUGCCAUUACAGCAGGGACGUAUAAAACAAAACAUAAAUAUAAAUAUAUAUAACUUGUAGAUUUCAGUAGUUUCUUAAAACGUCCUGAAGUUGUUUUAUUAUUAACAGAGGCUGGUUUUUAAACGUCUAUGCAAUUGUAUAAAAUAAGAAUGGAGUGAGACACAGAUGAGUGUGUUCAACAUGAUUUGCCAUCUCUUUGUAAUCGGGAAGCGGCUGAAGCGUUUGUAUCAGAAAAAGAAUGAUUGUAACCAUAAGGGUGCUUUCCAAGAGGAAAAUGUCUUUCUAUAACAGCGUACACUACUGUCAAGGAAAUGCAGGCAUCCUGGAUCUUUACAGUAUGUUGUGUGCGUGUGCGUGUCUGUGUGCGCGAGUGCGCGUGGUGCCUAAUUUCAACAUAACAGUUUGUUUUGCUACGGCCAACAAACCACACAUUACAUUUAAAUGAUCUACUCAUCCAUCCAUUCAUCCAUCCACUGAUGCUUUCUUCCAUCCACGAUUGAUUCCUGCUUUUUGUUUUCCCCUUUGUUAAAUUCUCCAUGGCAACAGUGUUUAACAGCGUGUUUGUUUGAAACACAGUGCGCACAAAUGCAAAAAGCAGACUGUGUGAAAGGGCUGAUUGAGAACUGGCACAAGUCAGCGAGGGUAUUUCAGCAAUGGGGGUGGAAAAUUAUUAGGCAGAAUGUGACAUCAUUUGGAUGACAGUUUACCAGAAAAAAAUAAUGAUAAUAAUGAGAACCAGAGUCUCCGUUGGCACAAGCUCCAGUCAGAGUAUUUUGAUAUUUUGUCAAAUCUGAUACAUACAUAUGUAAAACAGUCAGGAGAAGAAGGUAUAAAACCCCCUGUCCACAAGCUUCUGGUUAGGUUGCAGUUGGGUGCCCAAUAGACAAAAAUGGAAAUGGCAAACUCACUGGAAAAUCGCCAACCCCGCUGAAACACAUUUGCCAGCAUACAUGGUCAUCCUGGAGUGCUAUCCUGGACACUAUCUGGACUAUUAGGAUUUGCAGGACAAUUGGGAACAAAAUUUUGGACUGUUAAACAUUUCGAUGCUGAUAAAAGUCAUCGGGAACCCAACCUGGUCAUCGGCAAGAUCAUGGCAACUUAACCGGGCCAUAUGCAGUGUCCCGGGAACCCUGAUGCAAGCUGACAGCAUUGGACUUGUACCAAACAGUGAUGCAGAUCUGUCCCUGAUCUGUUAUCCUAAAGCUCAGAGCAGCAAACAGGCAGCAAAAUUUUCCAUCCAAUGAAUAUGUGUGACCAAUGGCAGGCUCGCCACCCCUUUUGUGUGGCUUCAGAUGCCAUUUGCUUCCUGAUUUAUAUCUGGAAUCUAACUGGAAACUAACGAGAACAUGUGGACCUGAGGCAUAGUCUCCUUACAGCCAUGAUGUCAGGAGGUGGUUUCUAAACCCAUCAACCAUCUGACCAUCUUCUGUGAUUGUUAGCUUUGUGGCUGAAAAUGGCAGAAGGAGGCGAUGCGAUAAGGACAGUUCACCUGUUAAGUAUUUUUAAGGCUAACAGAACAUUUUUGGACUCAAGCUGCCAUGAUUCAUGAUUUAACUCAUUAACUUAGUCAUCUUCCGUUCUGCAUCAGGCCUCAAAUUUAUUGGAGGUUAGUGUGAUGCAAAACACAAAUUAAAAAAAUAUAGCAUUGAUAGUGUGCCCCCACCACCACCACCCCUCCCGCCCUGCCCUAACCCAACCUGUUACAUUCUCCUGUUUGUUUGUUUGUUUGUUUUUGUUUUAGUACUGUAAGACAAUUCUGAGGAAUGUGGUUUUGAUUUUAACUUGAGCACUGUAGUGUUUAUAAGACGCUAAUUUGAGAUUAUUUAGAGUUUUUGAUUUUGAUCUGCUUCCAGACAAUUAUUAGAGUUCUAACACAAGCUCUACCUCUCCACUAAGUCCAUGUCGUAGGCGUUAUCUCCGCCGCAUCCUGCAUCCUGCAGCUCUCUUACAGAUCGAUUACUGCUCAAUUAUACUGUACGAGUCUCAUGUCCGAAUGCUUGGACCCGUGUCACAUUUGAUUUUAAUCAUUUUAAACUAAGUCGCUGCAGUCAAGCCCUGGAAGUAUUUGUUUCCUGCGUGUGGAAGCCACAUUCAUACUAGCAUGGUGUUACAUUUCAUGUGUGGAUUAUUUUUUGUUUCUUGUUUUGGUUCUGAUCUGUUUUGAGGUGUUUGUGACAUUAGCACGUGUGACUAAAUGAAAUCCCUCGUACUUUAACGUGUAUUCGUUAUACACCCCACACUCCCACUCCCAUCAUCAUAUUCAUGAAACAGGAUUCAAGAGUUUCAAUCCACACACCAAAUUUUUUUCUCACUUUUAUGUUUCAUUCUCACAUCUUUUUUUCCCCAAAUAAUCCAUCAAAAAUCCACAACAUUUCAGAAUCCACCAAAUAUAUGCCUUACUACUGUAUUAUAAAAUGCUUUACUGUAUAUCAAUAAAGCACGCUAUUAUGUUGACUUGC